GCCCUCCAUGCACCGCUGCUCGCAACUCGGUGCCGAAAAUGAGCAAUUACUCAAGAAGCUGAAAAAGCUACAAACAAGGAAUAAGGAGCUGGAAAAGGAUUUGGCUCAGAUUCAGGAAGAAGGGCGGCAGCAGCAGUUAGUGCGUGGUCAUGUCACCAGCAGGGACGUUCAGAUUCAAACAGACACACACUUGUGGCGUAAGGGUGGAUACAGCAAGGAUCUUAAUCUAGAGGGUGAAAGUGCCAGACUACUACAGCUGUAUAGUAAUCUACAGAAAUGUUAUGUUAAGGAAAUGAAAACAAACCAGGAACAAAGUGAAACAAUUAGAAACCUCACUAUGAAAAUUCAUGAGCUAGAGCGUAAUCUUCGAGAGCAGAAGCAAAGGAUUGAGCAAUUGGAACGUAGUAAGGUUUUGUGGAAAACUCAUGCUGUUCCUGGGAAAAGAAGUCGAACCCUAGAGGGAGAAAUAGUGUCUCACAGAGACACAUCUAAAAAGAAGGAGUCCUGCUGCAGUAAAUAUUUAGAGCUGUUGCUAAAGGAGAUUAAAAAGCUGAAGAAAGAAAAUGAAAAGUUGUCUGAGGAAAGGAGAGCACUAAGGAAGGAAUUAGCUGGAUUAGACAAGGAGUUUUUUGAAGAGAUAGAAGAUCUAAAGCAUGCUGUGCAGGAAUCUGUGAAACUGAAUAAUCAGUAUGAGAAGUGCUUGAAACAAAUAAGUGUCAUCUUUGGGCUUCCUUUUACAGCACAUUUGUAAUUGCUGAUAAUCCAAUGGCAAGGAUUUUAUGCUGAUAUGAAGCCUCUCUUGGCCCUCUGACCAAACCCUACUGUCCUCACCUCCGAGAGUAGAACUUAGCCACUGGGAAAGACUCCUGUGCUGAUACUGCAAUGCUGAGUCCCAGCUUGACC